AUUUUAUUUCUGAUUCGGGCUAUUUGUGAAACAGAUUUUGAUUUCGUUUAAGCAAAUCUAAUAAUAAGAUUAUAUUUUGAUUACCCAUUCAUUUGAACUUAUUGUGAACGAAACACAACUCUUCGAUUUAUCGAUUGCGCCAUCGAAAGCUCUCAAUUACGCUCUGAUUUAGUGGGCGGCAGUGUUUACAAUGUCGUCGUUAGAACGCAAACUGAUUCUGGUCACAGGUUUCGGUCCAUUUCUGGGUCAUGAGGAGGUCAAUGCCAGCUGGGAGGCUGUACAGCUGUUGCCCGAAACGCUAACCUACGAGGGCACAGAGUAUCAGUUGGAGAAACGAAUGGUACCUGUGGAAUACGCGGCCGUUGAUGAGGCAGUCGCAGAUAUUUGGCAGCGGCAGCCAGAGUUGGUCGUGCAUGUCGGCGUUUCUGGGAUUGCCAAGUGCGUGUGCGUUGAGAAACUCGCCUAUAAUCAUCAAUUUCGACGUCCCGAUAAUGCGGGUCAGUAUUUAGACAACUCCAGUUGCUGUCUACCUCACAAUGCAAAGGCAAAUGUUUUGCGAACUGGAUUAAAUGUUGAUAAGAUUGUGGAUGCCGUAAAUGCAACUUGUAAAGAUUGCGUGGCUCCAGCACAAACCGUAAAUGAUAAGGCUCUGGAGGCAACGAGAGUAUCCAAAAAUGUUGGUGACUUCCUCUGUGGUUAUAUAUAUUUGAAGUCAUUGGACGCGGAUUGCAAACGAAGCCUGUUUGUCCAUGUUCCUCCUAUUGAUAAGCCCUUUAGCACGGUACAAACUGCAGAUAUUGUCCAUAAGAUAAUUGAACAAUGUGUACAACAAUUGGCCGCCUGUGAUUGUCCGUGAAGUUCGCACGAAAACAGACAACAAUCUUCGAUGCAUUUGUAUUGUUCAGUAUUUUCCUGAAUUGUUAAAAUUAAAAUAAAUGCGAUUAUUGUUAUAGCUGAUAUUCUAUUUAUAGGGUUCACCUGUCAUAAUACGAUUACGAUUUAAACAAUUCUUAUUUGAACAUCUUUACACGUGCCAUCUGCAUUGUUUGUU